AUGGCUUUCAGCUGGCGAACGCGACCCGCCUUGAGGCUUGGGGCUGCUGGAUGCCCCUCGUUUCGCGCCCGAGGUAUACCCUUCCGACGAAACCUCUACCUCGCGCCGCCAUACCUGCUCGACGACUAUAUACCGCGCUAUCAGCUGCUCUCCUCAGUGGAAGCCGCCAAGAAGCGAUCACUGGCGUAUGCCCACCUGCGCGAAUGCAAUCUCUGCCCCCGACUGUGCGGUGUCAACCGUUACGAGACGACAGGCACGUGUCUGAUAGGAGCCGAGACUGUCAAAGUCAACACUAUCGCUCCUCACUUUGGUGGGACACAAUGGCAGCGGGUCCGUCUUCUUCUCUGGGUGCAACCUGAGAUGCGUGUUCUGCCAGCCCACCAGCGCAACGGCUUCGACCUGACACCAGAGCAACUCGCCGAGUGGUUCAUGAAGCUGCAGGACGUGGGCCGCGUCCACAACAUCAACCUCGUCACACCCGAACAUGUCGUACCCCAGGUCUGCCUAUCGAUUCUGCAUGCGCGCGAUCUCGGUCUCCACAUACCCAUCAUCUACAACACGUCGUCGUUCGAUUCGCUCGAGAGCAUACACUUGAUGGAUGGACUGGUGGACAUUUACCUCCCCGACUUCAAGGUGUGGCGUGACGCGACGAGCCGUCGGUUACUGAAGGCAGACGGAUACACAAAGGUGGCUAUGGAGAGCAUCAAGGCCAUGCACGAGCAAGUGGGCGACCUCUGCUUCACUCCUGAUGGCAUCGCAAAGAAGGGAGUGCUGGUGCGACACCUGGUGAUGCCCGGCAUGGAGGACGAAGGACGAGAGAUCGUGAAGUGGCUUGCCGAGAACGUGAGCAAAGAUAUCAUGGUGCACAUUAUGGAGCAGUAUUUUCCAAGAGCUCAUGUGGGCAAGGAGCGGCGCGGCCGUGCAAGCCAGGGCGUUGUUGAGCCACGCGGUGUUGAAGCCUCACCCUCGACUAAGAAAGACGUGCGAUAUAGUGAGAUUAAUCGCGCUGUAGACCUGGAUGAAGUCACAUCAGUCAAAAAAGCAGCCCAAGAAGCUGGCCUGUGGAGGUUCGUCGAAGAAUCGAGGCAUGGCGGCUUUAACAUCUGA